AUGACCAGACGAGCGAACGACCUGAUGGAAGCGAUAUUUUCGAAACGAGAUGAAUGUGAAGCGAUGAGAGAGAAAUGGAUGACUGAAAAACAAAAGUUGGAAGCUAAGGAGAGGGAUUUUGCGACUCUGAUGACACAUGCUGAAUCCCUUGAGAAGCAGAAGAAUGACAUAUCGGAUAUUUUACAAAAAAUGGAAGAAUCGUCAUCAAAAAAGGAUUCCGAAAUUGAAAGUUAUCGAAAUGAGAGAGAAGCUCAGUUGAAGAAAACCGAUGAAAGAAAACAGGAAUUUGAAGAAUGCGGCAGAAAAGAAGAAUUGAGGAUUCAUGCUGAAACAAAGCAGUUGUUGGAGCAGUCAAAACAACAAGAAAGAGCACUGGAAGAUUGGAAUAUCGAGUUGGAAAAUGAACGCAGGACGUUGCAGGAUGAGGCAGUAAGAAUAAGAUGCAAGUACGUUGAAGCGAAGAAACGGAUUGAGAAAGGGAUAGAUGAGCGAAAGGAAUUGGAGACUAUGAUCAGACUACGGAAUGCAGCAUAUGAUAAGAAAAGGGAGGAUCUGAAAUUCAAAAGCGACCUCGCUCAGUAUCUCAAAAGCGAGCAAGUGAAGCUCAAAAGACGUAUCAGAGAGUUGGAAGACGGACAACAAGGAGCGGUGUUGCGACGAUCGAAGAGACAGCGGAUUGGAAUCGAAGAUUCUGAAUGA